AUGUCAACAGCAGGCUAUUUAAACAAAUACAACAACAAAAAAUAAAAUGACACCAAAUCCAUAGUAAGUUAAUAAUCGAGUAAGAAAAGUACAACUACAGAUGUAAAAACAAAAGAAGACAUAUUGAAUAAAAUGCAAUAGAAUGAAGAAAAGCAUCGAUAACUGAUGAUGGAAAAUAAUAAAAGGAGAAAGGAAUAAGAAAAGAAACUCAAAUAACAAGAAGAAGAAAAGUAAAAAUAAGCAGCUGCAUUGCUUGAUUAAAGAAAGAAAACAAAGGAAUAAGCUUAUGUUAAUUAUUUAAGAAACAAUACCAAAUAAAUCUUGGCUGACUAUCAACCCAGGUAAACUGAUUAUCCUAAACAAAACCCAAAACCUCAAUUAGAAAAAAAAGUAUAAACAAAUUACAAUAAUUUCGAAGCCCUUGAUCUAGAAGUAUCACAAGUGGCUAAAAACAAAAAGUUGCCUUAAGAAUUUUAAAAACAAUGGGAGGAUUUCGAAGUCAUGAAGAAAAGUGAACUUCUAGAUAGUCUUGAUUUAAGCACAGCUUAGAAAUAAAAACCCGCUCCUAAUCAAAGAAAACAUGAAUUACAGUAAUUACUUGGAUUACCAGAAGAAGGUAGUGAUGAUGAAGAGGAUUUAUGGAAAAAUACUAUGAAAAAUGGAUAAUUGGCUAAAUAAAACUCCAAGCCUCCUUUGUCAAAGCCUGCCUAAUGGGCUGAAUAAGCUAUAACUUAAGCUGAUGAUGUCUUAUCCAAAAUGAGUUAAAAACAAGGAACCGAAAGAGAUAAAAGAGAAUUAACAUCCUAAAAAUCAUAAUAAGAACCACUUAAUACUAAAUAAAAGUAACUUUCUUCUUCUGUCCCCAAAAAUGCCACUCCUAAUAAUAAAAAUUCUGAGCAAAUGAAGAUAUUGCAAUAAAAGGAAUAACAAUUGCUAGGCUAACAAAUGUUAAUUCAAAAGCAAUUGUAAUAAAAUACCAUCGAUACUAAUUAGAAUAGCAAUAAUAAUACUAAUCAUUAAAACCCUCCUAGAAAGCCGCCAUAAAAUAUUAGAAUUACGCAAAAACAAAUACACAAACAACCAAGUAGUGUUCAAGAUGAGCAAAAUCAUAUAUAAGAAUUUCUACGGGAGGAUCUAUAAAAUAUUAACGAUUUGGAAAUACAGCUUUAACUAGAACUAUUGAAUUUGAAUAAAGAGAAUAAACAAAAGAUAGAGUCAGUGUAGUAAAAAUAUGGAGUAAGAAAUUUAUAAACCUCUAAUCAAGUCAACAGAAUAGUGUUUGUUUAAAAUUAAUAUCCAAUAAAGUCAUAAGAAGAUUAGAUUGAAGCAUCUUUACUAAAAUUAGAUAUGAUGCUUUAACAACCUCCUCAAAAACCAAUAGAAUAGCAAUAAUUGUAGUUCACUAAUUAACAAUAAAAGUAAUAAAUACACUAAACAAUUCCUUUAUAAUAAAAUACAUAUUAACAAUAAACAUAAUAAUAAUAAAUAAAUUAGUAUGGCUAAUAACAGCAACUAAAUCCUUAGCAGUAUUAGCAAUUAUUAGAAUAAUAAAAUUUGCUCUAGUAACAAUUAAUAAUGGCGUAAAAAUAAAUAUAAUAAAUGCAGUAAUAAACUCAAUAAUAGACAUAAACUUUAAAUUAACAAUAAGGAGAUUUUCCUCAAUUUCCCUCAUAUGUACUUCACUAAGAUCAUUAAUCAUUUGUUUAAACAUUUUCAAAUGGAAUACCAUAAUAAUAAUAAUAAUAAUUUUAGUAAUAAUAAAAAUAAUAAUAGUAAUAAUAAUAAUAAUCAUUUAAUUCUAAACCAAGAAAUGUAAUUUCAAGUGAUAAUUAAAGUUUUUCAGUAGUUUCUUCUCAAUAAAAUGAUAAAUAUACAUUUGAUUUAGAUUUUGGUGCCCAAAAAAAUCCUUAAAAUACCUAUACUUAAUAGGCGCUAAAAAAGAUGACCCAAAAGCAAUCCUAAGUUAAAUCGAGUCUUCCAAUAGAGGAAGAAGAAGAGCCGGAGGAAGGGAAAAUAGAGGUUAGAUAGGAUUUAAGAAAUCUACUUUUUGAUUGA